AUGAUGCUCACCUCAGCUUCCACCAAAACUACAUCUACUUCCGCCUCACCUGGCUUUCCAAGGCAAUCGUCACCCGAAGAUGCCUUGACACCAGUCACACCAACUGUUCUCUUUGUUGACCUUAAAUCGACUCAGGCCAUCUGUUCAGCGAUGGCCCAAGAAAUGGCUAAGCUUAAGCGGCUAAUGAUAAAGCCGAGCCCCAAUUCUGCGCUACCUGACCAUCUUCUAGCCACUAGCCUAUGCCAUCCGAUGGGACAUUAUUUAAACGAAGAACUUGAGAAUAGUGGAGAAAAGAUCGGAAAAAUGCCCGAACAUUCGAAAUCUUCCAAACCAGAAAAUGUUUUAUCUCAUUGCAAAGAUGAUCUGAAAAAACUGGAGGAGGAGUCUAAAGUGUUAGGCGCCUGUGAACAGCUGUUCCGCCGUGCACUUGAGGCACCACUUGCGGGCUACAAAUGUGCUGCCUCUCUUUGUGACAUGGUACGCCGAGAGGGUAUCCUAGAUGCCCUAGCCCUCAGUCUCAUCCAUGCACCAUUGCUCGAUACACCAGCUACUGUUGCUGAUACCGAAGACAAUGUUGUCAAUUUAAGUUAUAAGGGAAAUGUGAGUUCUUCCCUUCCAUCUAUCUUAUCUGCCUGUGGGAUAGAUCAAAAUGAGGGUGAAACAGAGAACUCUGACAAGCAAACGGUCGAAGCGGCUUGUGCUUAUAUAAGUCAGAAGAACGGGAGAACAUUCGGCUCAGAUGAUGAAGUAAGUGACCGAUAA